UUUCAGAAGAGCUUCUUAGCAGAUUUUUUUUAACCACCACUGUCUGUGAACAUGUCCAGUCCAGAGUUUCUGAGCAAAUUUUGUUGUUGCUAACAUGGCUAUCACGCAAUGUUCCUCGCGCGCGGCUCUGCAAGGUCAUCAAGGGAACUCGAUGAGUGCACGUUCAUGUUUCCAGCGACCGCUUGAGUUUUUACAAUAGCACCACCACUGAGGGGAAAAAAACUCUAUUGGGCAUCUUUAAAGAUGAUCAGCAUUGAGGAUAAAUGGAAGGGAAUGGCACGUCCAUCUUUGCCCUCGUCGAUGGACUCCACUUUACCAGGAAUAUCCCGGCAGGUCCUGUCCGUGUCCAUGGAACAUAAAUAUCAGUGCCAGAAGUGUAAAGAAGUUCUGAGGAAGCCUUUCCAGGCGCAGUGCGGACAUCGCUUCUGCGUGUACUGUUUUAAACAACUCACCAGCUCCGGGCCCAUCCCUUGUGAAGCCUGCCGUGACGAGGGAAUAUUUGAAGAAGAGCACUCGAUACUCGACUUUGCUGUGGCUUUUCCAGACAAUGCGGCGCGAAGAGAAAUCGAUGGUCUGCCUGCGAAAUGCCCGAACGAUGGCUGCACCUGGUCAGGAACAUUGAAAGAUUAUGAGGGGCAACACGAAGGCCGUUGUGAAUUUGAGCGUGUAACGUGUGAAGCGUGUCAACUCCUCAUCCUUCUCAGCGAGAAAGACCGCCACAACGAGAGAGAGUGUGAAGCCAGAACCCUUAACUGCAAAUACUGCAAAGUCUCCUUCAGCUUCAAAGAUAUUAAGGCGCAUGAUGAAAUCUGCCAAAAAUUCCCAAUGCAGUGCAAAGACUGUGGUAAAAAGAAGAUCCCUAGAGAAAAGUUUCAAGAGCAUAGCAAAUCAUGUGCAAAGUCCAAGUCGGCCUGCCAGUUCAGUGAAAUUGGCUGCAGAGUCGUGGUGGACAAUGGAAAACAGCAGGAGCAUGAACAGAACAGCGUGAUGGAGCACUUACGUCUCAUGCUGGCCGUGCUCUCGUCGGUGCGCGUGCGCUCUGAUGCGGCCGCAGGAGAAUGGCAGGAGGACUCUGGUUUCGGCCUGUAUCGUGGCCCCGAAGACGCCGCUCUUCCCGGCGGCGCCCAGGCCGCCGCUGGAGCCCCCGGAAUGCAGCAGAAAAUGACUGCGCUGGAGAACAUUGUGUGUGUGCUGAACAGAGAGGUGGAGCGCACGGCUCUCACGCUCGAAGCUCUCGGACGCCAGCACCGGCUCGACCAGGAGAAGAUCGAAAACUUAUCCAACAAGGUGCGCAUGUUGGAGCGGACGUUAAACAUGCGAGAUCUACAACUGGCCGAAUCGGAACAGAAUUUACGAGAGCUGCAGUUUUGCACUUACGACGGAGUGUUCAUUUGGAAAAUUUCGGACUUCUCACGCCGCAGGCAAGAUGCGCUGGCUGGUCGAGCGCCUGCCAUGUUCUCACCAGCGUUCUACUCCAGUAAGUACGGCUAUAAGAUGUGUUUGAGGCUGUACCUGAACGGCGACGGUUCGGGCAGAGGCACUCACCUCUCCCUGUUCUUUGUGGUGAUGAGAGGGAAAUAUGACGCUCUACUCAAGUGGCCCUUCAGCCAGAAGGUCACUCUGAUGCUUUUGGACCAGAAUAACCGGGAGCACAUCAUCGACGCUUUUAGACCUGACAUCAGCUCCACGUCUUUCCAAAGACCCAUCAGUGAGAUGAACAUCGCCAGCGGCUGCCCACUCUUCUGCCCCCUGGCCAAGCUGGCAGGAAAGAGCUCCUACGUCAGAGAUGAUACAAUUUUUAUUAAAGCGAUCGUAGAUCUCACUGGGCUUUAAACACGCAUAAAAUAUAUAAGCCAAGCUACAGCUUUGUGAUUAUAGUAGACCGGUAUAAUAACCAGGUCCUGCUUUGAGUCUUGGGCUCUUUCUCCGAGCUUAUCUUAUAUAUCUAGAUUAUCUAGUCUAUCUAUAUGAGCACUAAUCAAUCUAUAUGAGAACAUCAAUAGCAUAAAUCACAAGAAGAUAGCUGUAUUAAUAAUUAUUUUAUUUAAUGACAAUUACUAGGUCUGUCUGUGAAAGGCGAUUUGAAGUAAUUGGUCAUAUGCAUAUGUGAUUUUUUUUUUUUAUAUAUAUAAAAAUAAUUAAUAUAUAUUAUAUAUAAUUUAAAAUACGUUAAUACAGCAAACUAUUAUUAAUAGAUUAUAUAACUAUAUAUAAAAUAGCACUGUAGAAAAAUCACAGAUCUGCAGUGUGAAAUAAAACAACAUAUACUUUAGUUUUGUAGUUAUUAUUUACAACAUACGCUGUACAGGUUUCGCUCAACAUAUUCCCGUCGAUUCCUGACUUUUCCAGUCAUUACAAGAUCACAGAAAUGAACACAAAAUCGAGCAAACUCUCUAAUAUUCCGAGGAGCUGUCGAUUUUUCACAUUUACAGCAGAUUUUCCGCCGAUCUGGGCAAAUACGCAUCAUGUGACGUCGUCACGUUCAGAAGAUUCGCGUGCGUCGAACAUCAGUGCACUUAAAAGGUCUCAUUUACUGACGAACAUCACUGUCAUAUACACUAUAUGGCCAAGCCAAAAGUAUUUGAACACCUGACCAUCACACCUAUAUGUGCUUUUUGAACAUCUCGUUCCAGAUGCGGUUCCCCUUCUGCUCUUAUAAUAACUUCCACUAAUAACUUCCAAUAUAUGUUAUGUGACGUAUGGGGAAAAAAAAAAAAAAAAAACCUCUGCGAAAACCUGUAAGGACUGCUUUUUAUAUACGCUAUAUACUUAUACACCUAAAACAAAUUAAUAAAAUACGAAUUAAUAAAAUAGAUUUUUUUUUUUUUUUUUUAAAGGGGGAAGAUAAGAUUUUCUAUCAAACCAACAUGCUUGUAUUGUACUUUUUUAUAUUCAAAAGUGCUUUUUAUUUAAUACAGGCUUGGGCAUUCCAGGACUGCACAGUUAAGUGAGUUGCAGACCUGUUAUGUCUCCCAAACCUGUAGAAAAUAAAUCUGGAUGAUUGGGAUGAUUUAUACUAACAUCUAAUCCUUUGUUCUCAUUAAAAUGGCAUAGGGUGUGGGAAUGUACACUGAACAUGUAGCAUGAUCAGAAUGGUUGAGUGGCUACUAUAAUGUAGUUUAAUUAACUCAGCUUCUUAUUUAACUGCUGAGUAGGCAAUAUUUAUUGGGUAAAAUAACCUUUAAGCAAGGCUAUUAUUUUGUAUUUUACAUAAUCUUACUUAUCAUCCAUCUAGUUACAGAUGAACUUGCACGUUACGGUCAACUUCAGGACUCUCCUUCCCCAUUGUGAGCACAAGAAAGAAUGAAAUAUUGCGCACAUUGAUUUUAUAUUACUGGAUUUACAGGCUAAUAUUAUAAUGACGAUACUCGUAGCUGUGAAUGUGUUGCGUUGUCGCACUUUUAUUUUGGCGACUGGGGCUAGAAUAAAGAAAUUUAUAAUAAUAUUUUGAGAUACUGGAUUGAUUUGAUUUGUAUGACCUGUAAGCUGUAAUCGAGAUUAAAACAAACAAAAAGGCUUGGAAUAUUACACUUUAUGUGUAAUGAAAUUAGAAUGUAUGAAAGUUCCACUUUUUGAAUUGAAUUACGGGAAAAAUGAAGCUUUCCACGAUGUUAAUUUUUUUUAGAUGUUUUAUGAUUUCUUGUCGUAGUAUGAUCCUAUAACAUUAGUUCGAGUUUGACGUAUACAGGUAUAUUUAAAAGAAACGACAUUAAAGGUGCAUAUUCUCUGACAGGCUGGGGUAUGAGAAGAAAACAAUUUCAUAGUGCUCUACUGUAUAUGUGAACAAUAACGACUCAAAGGAUUAAAUGGGGUGGUGGUGGCUUAAAUGUCCACUCCCCAGCACCACCCUUGUGUAAGGCUAAACCCGUUAGUGAUAUUCGUGUGUUUGUAUGGAUAUCAGUUGUGGUUUGUAUGUGUGUCGUGAAUUUUGUGUGUGUGAACAGUUUGAAAGACAGAAAUGAUUUUGUACUGGGAAUCAAAUCCCAUACGAGUCAAAGGCCAUUACUGCGCUUUGAAGGUUUGGUAGUUAUGAUGCUGGUUAAAAAAAAACAAAUAAAUAAAAAAAUCCAAGUCAGGGAAAGUGGGGGAAAAAAAAAUGAAUAUAUAAUAUUUCAUUUCAGUGACCCUAGAUUGGUAGUUUUUUUUUUUUUUUUGGGGUUAAAUUUUGAUGCCAUGUCACAUUUAAUGUUAAUCACUGCCCUAUCAAAGACUGUAAUAAUAAAAAGGAAAGAUCGACGUAUGAUGUGCUAAAGCCGCUGACUCACCUUUUACUAGUUGAAUGAUUAAUUAUUAGACGUAGAUAUUCACAUGUUCCUUGUUUCUGUGACAUUUAUUAAAGUAAAUGAAGGUGUGAUACGGA